UGCCGCAGCCUGGAAUGUGUCGAUCUCAUGUCACGUGAUUCCAGAUCCAAAAUGGCCGCGUCGGUGUUUUGACGAAUAAUACUUUUGUGUUUGUUUCAUUCUCCUCAGAAAUCGAAGAAAACGCUUCCAGAACUGGAAAAAAAACAACCACGCGUGUUUGAUGUUUUAAUAUAAAGAUUUAAUUUAGACAAUCACAGCUUAUUAAUAUUUGUUUUAUGGUACAGACUAUGCACUUUUGGUGUUUAUAAGGUAGCUAGCUGACUGGCUAGCAACACAAUUAAGCUGAAAAUUAAAAGAAAAUCGAUGGAGCAGCUCAGUCCUGAGGAGAUUCGAAGAAGGCGACUGGCCCGGUUAGCUGGAGGGCAGACGUCUCAACCAAGCACCCCCCUUAGCACCCCUUUGACCUCUCCACAGAGAGAGACCCCCCCAGGACCCUUACCCGGACCCUCUGGGGCCUUGCUGCAGUCUGUCCCAGCAGCUCCAUCUCACAGUCUGGGCCUUAAUGCCCAAAAUGUCACCCCUGCCACCUCUCCAAUGGGGGCAUCAGGGGUCGCUUACCGCAGCCAGAGCAGCGAGGGGGUCAGCUCUCUCUCCAGCUCUCCGUCUAAUAGCCUGGAGACGCAGUCCCAAUCUUUGUCCCGCUCUCAGAGCAUGGACAUCGACACGGCCUCCUGUGAGAAGAGCAUGUCCCAGGUUGAUGUGGACUCAGGAAUAGAGAACAUGGAAGUGGAAGACAGUGACCGCAGAGAGAAAAGGAACUUGGCUGAAAGGGACUCUACGUCUAAUCCUGACCUCUCUGAAGAGCAAGCUCUGCAGCUCAUAUGUAAGAUCUUGCGUGUUUCCUGGAAGGAACAGGACCGUGAUGUCAUCUUCAUGCCUUCACUUGCUGCUGAGUUUCAGAAGAACCCUAAGGAUGUUUACUCUGACUUCAAAGAUCUGAUUGGUCAGAUUUUAAUGGAGGCUCUCAUGAUGUCCACCCGUACGCGUGACUGUAACCCAUUCGCCAGCUUGACCGCCACAUCUCAGCCAAUUACUGCUGCCAGAUCCCCGGACCAUCACCUGACUCUCAUCCCGCCCUCCAGCCAGAGCGGCAGUCCCAUGAUGCCCACCGCAGGCUCAUUUGGUGCCAGCUCUCUGUCUAGUCUUUAUGGGUGUAGCCCAAACCCUCUAGCUCUGAGCUCUGCCAGAAUGAGCGCUCCAUCUGCCCCACUGGCUUCAUCCGCCCCUUUGGCUUCUCCUGCAUCUUUGGUUCCCCCCAGUCCUCCAGUCCCUCGCCCUCCCACCAGCCUCCCAUCUCUGUCCCCAUCCACCCCUCUGCCCAUCUCCCAGAGGUACAGGCCCUACUCCCUUAACUCCUCUGUUCCCAUAAGCCCGAGCCCAUCUGGUAUGCUUACGCCCCCCACAACCUCAGGUAUACCCUCUAGCCCCUCCCCCAGACACCGUACAAACCAAACCUCCUCCACGCCAUUCCCCUUCCUACCCAGCUCCCCCGGCACUGUGGCCAGAAGGACUGCGGUUGCUGCUCAGAUGCCCUCUAGUCCUUUCUCCCUCCUCUUCUUCGGCCUGUCCGAAAUGUCUCAGGACAGCAGUGACGAAGAACCUGAGGAAGAGGAGGAGGAUUUUUCUGCGGUUCAGUUUGGGUCCAGCCUGGGUGCAUCUGGAGGGGGAAUGGUUGGUGACUCAGGUAGUGACCGCUUUACCAUAGAGUCCAGUAAAGAGACCGAGAUGUUGAACUACCUCAUCGAGCGUUUUGACAGUGUGGGUAUGGAGGAGAGGAAAGCCCCAAAGAUGUGCAGCCAACCAGUUGUCAGUCAGCUGCUAAGCAACAUACGUUCCCAGUGUAUUUCCCAUGCUGCACUUGUGCUUCAAGGUGCCCUCACCCAGCCCAGAGCCCCUCUACAGCCCUCCCUGCUGGUUCCCUACAUGCUGUGCCGGAACCUUCCGUACGGCUUUAUCCAGGAGCUGGUGCGCAUGACUCACCAGGAGGAGGAUGUGUUUAAACAGAUCUUUGUUCCCAUUCUGCAAGGGGUUGCUCAAGCUGUGAAAGAAUGUUCCUUUGACUCUGACAACUUCAAGUUUCCUCUGAUGGCUUUAGCUGAGCUUUGUGAGAUCAAGUAUGGGAAGACUCACCCCAUAUGCAGUUUGAUCACCUCUUUGCCAUUGUGGUGUCCUGACCCACUCAGUCCUGGGACAGGGAGAGAAAUUCAAAGACUCUCCUUCCUGGGCUCUUUCUUUAGUCUGUCUGUGUUUGCAGAGGAUGAUACUAAAGUGGGAGACAAGUACUUUUCAGGUCCUGCCAUAACUACGGAGAACACUCGUGUGGUCAGCCAGUCGCUUCAGCACUAUUUGGAGUCUGCCAGGGGAGAUCUAUUUAAAAUCUUGCACAAUAUCUUGCUGAAUGGAGAAACAAGAGAAGCUGCUCUGAGCUAUAUGGCAGCUCUGGUGAACCGUAAUGUGAAGAAGGCUCAGAUGCAGACCGAUGACAAGCUGGUGUCCACAGAUGGCUUCAUGAUGAACUUCCUGUGGGUGCUGCAGCAGCUGAGUAUGAAGAUCAAGCUGGAUACAGUGGAUCCCUUUUACAUCUUCCACCGCAAGUGUCGUCUGAACGUCACCCCUGAAGAGACCAGGCUCAAAUCCACAAUGGAGGAGCUGAAGAGUUGGAUCACAGAGCUGCAUGGUGACUCAUCCAAGUUUUCAGAGCCCAAGUUUCCCACCGAGUGCUUCUUCCUCACUCUACAUGCACAUCACCUGUCCAUCCUGCCGUGCUGCCGACGCUACAUUCGUAGACUGAGGGCCAUACGAGAUCUGAACAGAACGGUUGAGGAGUUGAAGAACAGUGAGAACCAGUGGAAGGAUUCCCCGUUGGCUAGUCGUCAUCGUGAAAUGCUGAAGAGAUGUAAAACCCAGCUGAAGAAACUGGUGCGCUCUAAAGCCUGCGCAGACGCAGGGCUCCUGGAUGAGAACCUGCUGCGCAGAUGUCUGCAGUUCUUCAGUAUGGUCAUCCAGCUUAUCCUGCGCAUGGUGGAGCCUGCCUAUCCACACGUUAGCCUGCCUCUGAACCCAGAGAUCCCAAAAAGCUUUGGAGCACUGCCCGAGUUUUACAUUGAAGACGUGGCCGAGUUCCUGCUUUUUAUCGUGCAGUACUUUCCCCAGGUCCUGUAUGAGCCAUGCACUGAGGACAUUGUGACCUUCCUGGUGGUCUUCAUUUGCAGUCAGAACUACAUAAAGAACCCGUACUUGAUUGCCAAGCUGGUGGAGGUGCUCUUUGUCACCAACCCUGCAGUGCAGCCGCGCACCCAGCGGUUCUUCGAGAUGAUGGAGAACCACCCGCUGUCUGUCAAUCAGCUCGUCCCUGCCCUCAUGAAGUUCUACACAGAUGUGGAGCACACUGGAGCAACUAGUGAGUUUUAUGACAAGUUCACCAUCCGCUACCACAUCAGCACCAUAUUUAAAAGCCUGUGGCAAAACAUUGGCCAUCAAGGGACCUUCCUGGAGGAGUUCAACUCUGGAAAGCAGUUUGUGCGCUACAUCAACAUGCUAAUCAACGAUACAACUUUUCUGCUGGAUGAGAGUCUGGAGUCCCUGAAACGCAUUCAUGAAAUCCAGGAGGAGAUGAAGAACAAAGAGCAGUGGGACCAGCUGCCCAGGGACCAGCAGCAAAGCCGUCAAUCCCAACUGACUCAGGAUGAGCGGGUGUCACGUUCCUACCUGGCUUUAGCCACAGAGACGGUAGACAUGUUCCACAUCCUCACCAAACAGGUCCAGAAGCCCUUCCUGAGGCCUGAAUUGGGUCCUCGCCUGGCUGCCAUGUUGAACUAUAACCUUCAGCAGCUGUGUGGGCCUAAAUGUCGAGACUUGAAGGUUGAAAACCCCGAAAAAUAUGGUUUUGAGCCAAAGAAGCUCCUGGAUCAGCUCACUGAUAUUUACCUGCAGCUCGACUGUCCUCGAUUUGCUAAAGCCAUCGCAGAUGACCAGCGAUCAUACAGCAGGGAGCUCUUUGAGGAGGUCAUUUCCAAAAUGAGAAAGGCUGGAAUAAAAUCCACCAUCGCUAUUGAGAAAUUCAAACUCCUGUCAGAUAAGGUAGAGGAGAUAGUUGCCCGCAAUUCACAGUCUGAGAUGGAUUACAGCGACGCCCCAGAUGAGUUUAAGGAUCCCCUGAUGGACACUCUCAUGUCGGACCCCGUGCAACUGCCCUCUGGUAACAUCAUGGAUCGGGCCAUCAUCCUGAGACACCUUCUGAACUCUCCCACAGAUCCGUUCAACAGACAGACUCUCACUGAGAGCAUGCUGGAGCCAGUCCCAGAGCUGAAAGAACGUAUCCAGACCUGGAUGAGAGAGAAACAGAGUGGCCGUUUUUCUCAGUGAACCAAGCUUACCUUCAGAUGAAAUGUUUUCACCACGCUGGAUGUGAACUGAAUCGGACAGGAAAUAACACGACAUUACCUAAACUGUUUUGCCUCCCUUUGUCCUUUUAUCGAGCCCAUGCCUGAAAGGCUCACGGUUCUAAAUUGAAACAUAAUAAAGUUUAGACUUUUGAAAGAUUUUGAUUUUGAAUUUGAUUUGAUUUUUGAGUUCGUAUAUCUCCGCAUACAUACCAAGGUGAAGAAGCACACUUUCACACCACACAUUAAUCAAAAUUGGAUAUAUUUAAAACGCUCCGCUUGUGUUGUUUUCUUUGGAUGUGUGGAUGGUAUAUGAGAACAUUGAGUUAUGGGAUCCAUUUCAUGUUUGUGUGAUAUUUGGAAGGAUAUUGUUAAUCGAUACCAGUAUUUCCAUUUGAAGACUUGUACCACCACAACACAUUAGCUGUAGAUAUACUGUAGUUUUCAGUCCCUCCUUUUAACACGACACUUGGAAAAGAAAAGAGUAUUUAAAAAAAGCUCUAUAUUGUCUUGAAUGUAGAACAAAUAAAGCAGGUGUUAGUUUGAAUUGCGUGAAGGUGGAGCAUCAGAUGGAGUCCGAAUAUGUUUUGGAAAUGUUUUUUCUCUGCUGAGAAGUAUCAUGUGUGUUUGUAUGGCCUUUGACACAAUAUCUCAAACAUUUUUCUAAUUGGACCCUAAAACAGAUGAUCAAGCGAGAGAAUAUUAAGCUGUGUUGUAGCAUGAUUGUCCUACAAAUGCCAGUAAACCAUGUUUUUUUUUCUCUGUUCACCAACAUUUCUUUUGGAUUAAAAAGGUUCAUCAAC